AUGGAAUGCUUUGUCAGAUUUGUUGAGAUCUUCAUUCGCCCAAAGCCCAAGAUUCCUUUGGCUCCUAUCAGUUUCCCUUCCACGGGGUUCGAGGUCAUCAGAAAUCAUGGCUAUGUGACCCUCAAGGUCUUCGCAAAAGACGAAAAGGAUAGUAACGAGUUCGAUAUCUACAACGCUCUAUCUAUAGGAUCGCACAGGCAUCCUGGUUACCCAUACGUCAGAAAAGCGCUUGAAACCAUUACGAUAUCACGCGCUGGCCGGGAUCAUCAAUGCCUUGUACAGACACCUCUGUGGGAUAGCUUUGGGGGAAUCCUGAACCGGAGUCCCACACAGAAGCUGACAGAAGGCGUUCUGAAGGUGGGCUUAAGGGAUCUCUUGAGUGGUCUCGACUAUUUGCACUCUGAAUGUAAACUGAUUCACACUGACAUGAAGGUGGACAAUGUUCUAGUCGAGCUCGACGACGAUACAGUCUUCGAGUCGUUCACAAAAGCUGAACUGGAGCAUCCAUCGCCACGCAAGUUCGUCGACGGCACUACGGUCUAUGCAAGUCGGAGUUUUGGAACCCCCGAAGACUUUGGCAAUGUCGUCUUGGGUGACUUCGGGAGCACAGUAAGCGGGGCCGAGAGACAGGCUAAGAGGGUGCAGCCGAAUGUGUACCGCGCUCCAGAAGUGAUGCUGAAUGUCGAUUGGAGUUACCCUAUUGACAUAUGGAAUGUGUUGCAUGGCAAUGAUCCAGAUGGAAGUGGCUAUAAGACUCGUGCUCACCUCGCUGAAGUCAUUGGACUGUUAGGACCGCCGCCAUUGGAUUUGCUCAAGAAGGGUACAUGCAGCCACUUAUACUUUGACGAGGACGGAAAUUGGAUUGCUGGAAUCCCUAUUCCGGAAUUGUCUCUGGAGAAGUCCGAGGAGAACUAUCAGGGCGAGGUCAAGGAGGAGUUUCUUAGGUUCAUGCGUAAGAUGUUGCAGUGGAGGCCAGAGGACAGGAAAACAGCGAAGGAGCUUUUGGAGGAUUCCUGGCUGCAAAGUCCGCUAUUCUGA